AAGAAACUAUCUUAACUACAUCUUUCUCGGUCAACAAUAACAUUCUUGAUUCCUGCUAAAAUUCCAUUUCCAUCUUUCUCUUUCAUUUAUCUAUUUCUUAAUUCAGAAACCCUUUUCAGCUUUAUCUGUUGUAAGAACACAGAAAGAAAUUUUUUACUACUAUGUUGUCUUGGGAAUUCCUGAGGAAAUCCUCAGAGCUGGCCCGUAGAGUGCUUGCCAAUCAACGGACCUGCAAAAGAGCAAUUCUCACACAAUCAGAAGGGCCUGAUCCAUUACCAGCGGCAGCUUCUUUGUCAAGAUCAUCCUUCAGUGGGUCCCAAAAUGAUGACCAUAAGAGUGGAGAUGCAUUGCUGAAAUUUUUAUUAAGAUCAGUCGCUUCAGGAGUUGUGAUUGUUGGCUCCAGCUUGAGCUUUAGCAACUGGUAUCCUUCCUUGGUUGGUAAGUGUUCGUUUGUUUCUUUCGCCGACAUUGCAAACGAUGCAGCAUGGGUGUCAAGUGAUGAUCUUCUUCCAUACAAGAAGAAGAAAAGAUUCAUACAGGAGAAGAGUUUUCUUUAAUUAUGAAAAGCGCAUCAGGUUGCAAAGCCCUCCAGAGAAGGUUUUUGAGUACUUCGCAUCUUUGAAAAAGCCUGAUGGUGAAGUUCUUACGACACCAGCAGACUUGAUGAGAGCAGUAGUUCAUGUAUUUCCUCCAUCAGAGUCAAAUCGCGUUAGAGAGGGAUUUCUGAGAGGGGAAACAGUCCCUGGGGAAUUGCAUUGUGCACCUUCAAGAUUUUUCAUGCUUUUUGACACUAACAGUAAUGGACUUAUUUCUUUUUCAGAGUACAUCUUCUUUGUCACCCUGCUCAGCAUUCCUGAAUCAAGUUUUUCUGUUGCAUUUAAGAUGUUUGACCUCGACAAUAAUGGACAAAUUGACAGAGAAGAAUUUAAGAAAGUGAUGGGUUUAAUGAGAGCUCAAAACAGGCAAGGGGCAGGCCUCAGAGAUGGAAGGAGAUUUGGGUUGAAAGUAGCGGAGCCUGUGGAGAAUGGUGGCCUCUUAGAAUACUUCUUUGGCAAAGAUGGCAGGACCUGUCUCCAACAUGAAAGAUUUGUCCAAUUUUUGAGGGACUUGCAUGAUGAAAUUUUACGGCUGGAAUUCGCCCAUUAUGAUUACAGAUCAUGUGGUACUAUAUCAGCUAAAGAUUUUGCCUUGUCCUUGGUUGCGUCAGCUGACAUUAGACACAUUAGCAAGCUACUCGAUCGGGUAGAUGAAGCAAGCAAUGAACCACAGAUAAGAGACAUACGAAUUACAUUAGAGGAGUUCAAAAGCUUCGCAGAGCUACGUAGACAGUUGCAGUAUUUAUCUCUCGCCAUUUUUAGCCAUGGAAAAGUGAAUGGGGUGUUAACGAGAAAAGAUUUCCAGAGAGCUUCAUCGCAGGUAUGCGGCAUCUCCAUCACCAAUGAUUUGGUUGACAUAACAUUCCAUGUCUUCAAUGCUAAUCGCGAUGGGAACUUAAGUUCGGAUCAGUUUGUAAGAGUUCUGCAGGGACGUGAGACGGCAAGCUGGAUCGCUAGAGAACCAGGAUUGAAGGGAUUGAUGUCUUGUUGUGCAAACUGCGCCAAAAAUUACUCAUCUGCAAAGCGUCUCCUCUAAUAUAUUGGCCAAUACAUGGUAAACCUGGACAUUUACGUAAAGCAUAGCACCAUAGGUAUGACAGAUUGUCAGGUUUCGUCUGCAGAUUGAAGUGAAUGUAUCAUGGAUAACCCAGAAAAACCACGGCAUUCUCCACUUCCCAACUCUGAUCGAUCGGAAACAUGCUCAGACUCCAA